AUGAGAGUAAUCUUCUUCCUGCUGGCCUCGAUCAUCUGGAAUCAGCAAGUACCUUGCACGCUGGCAAAAGAUUCCACGCCAGAUGACUACCUUGCCAUGGCCGACGAGUCCCUUGGGAGAGGGUUGAAUGAAAAGGCAAUUGGGCUCUAUGAGAAAGGAAUUAGUGCUCUGGGAGAAAACGAGUCCUUGCUCACUGUAAUGUCUCUUGAAACCAACAUGGCUUCCGCGUUAUCAGCAGUAGGUCGGAACGAAGAAUCGAUCAAAAGCUACCGCAAGGCCAUCCUGGCUUAUAAGGCAAAGAUCGACGAAAUUGAUGAUCCAGAAACAGUUAGCCAUGCCAACGAUAUUGCCUCCACCGCGUCUUUCUACAUGGGAAUGGUCUACCAAGACAUGUCGGAGCCACAGAAGGCCGUCGAUGCUUAUGGGUAUACGUAUGUAUUGGACCCCAAACAUUGGGCAUCACUGGCCAAUCUAGCGAGCGUUCUGCAUGAUCAAAUGAAGCUUCAUGACGAUGCGUUGGAUGCAUACAACAAGGCAUACGAAAUUCUGACACAAACAGAGUACGAACCAACCGAUCCUCCAGAAGAAGCAAACCCAAUUUUGUCCCAGAUUCAAUAUAGAAUUGGGUUGUGCUUGAGUCAUAACCUUGACAGAAAGUGUGCUUUGUCAGACGAUCCUGACAUGAAACCAGUGUCCUGCAAGGAGAUGGCGACCCAUGCCUUUUCAUUAGCAGUCCAAUUCGACGACCGAAAUGAAUCUGCAAAACACAUGUUGGCCACCAUUACAGCAGAUGCAACAAUGAAGCGAGCAUCGAACGAAUAUGUCAAGAACCUCUUUGACGAAUAUGCACAAAACUUUGAGCAUUCACUGGUUGAAGAGCUAGGGUACACUGGGUAUGAAAAGCUUCGACGUGGUUUUGAUAGAGCACUUGGAGACAAGAUUGAACCAUUUUCUCUUGUCGUAGACGCUGGCUGUGGAACAGGCCUUGUUGGAGAGCAGUUCCGAAACGUGAGCUCCUAUCUGAUUGGCGUGGACUUGAGUCAAGCCAUUUUAGACGAGGCAGAAAAGAUGCGGCCAGGAUUGUACGAUGAGAGAAUCGCUGCCGAUGUAAUGGACGUCUUUCGGCAGAGAAAGCCAAUCUCGUUGAUUGUGGCUGCCGAUUCCUACAUAUACUUUGGUGAUUUGCAGCCAUUGUUCGAAGCCAUGGUAGAAGGUCUUGCUGACAAUGGUGUUGCUGCCUUUACCUUGGAAAAUGUGGAUGCCGAAAGCGAAGAAACACUGACCGAAACCAAACCAGAUUGGAGGUGGCAACUGACAGCAUCGGGCCGAUUCGCUCAUCGAAAAGACUACGUGGAAUCUAUCGCAACAGAUGUGGGUCUGGAGGUGAUGUACAACGAGGUUAUGGAUGGAUUCCGUCACGAGCAUGGCAAGUCAGUCCGGGGUAACAUGUUCAUUGUGAAAAAAGUCAUGAACGAAGCAGAGCUAUAA